UUUUUCUGGGUUAAUAACAUGGUUCCACGAAAGCUCCAGCGUGACCCGUGUUACAACUUAAAUUUACCCAGCACGCACCGAGUCUCUGCAACUCAAAAACACUCCCAACUGAAUCCUCUCUCUCUCUCUCUCUCUCUCUCUCUCAAUGCUAAUGUCGCUUUCCUUGCAAGCUCCGCCCUCACCAGUUCUCUCCUCUUCGUCUCUUCAGGAGGGAAGAUUGAAGUUCUUAGCUCGAUCCGCGGCUCCUCAUUCCCUCUUCAAGCUUCGGAGGUCGCUUCCUCAAAUUCGCGCUAUCGGCUUCUCAUCUUCCCUCGACGCUGGUGUUAGUAGUGAGUUGGAUGCUGUUUCGAGCUUCAGUGAGAUCGUUCCGGACACUGUCGUUUUCGAUGACUUCGAGAGGUUUCCACCAACUGCUGCCACUGUUAGCUCCUCUCUUCUCUUAGGUAUCUGUGGCCUUCCUGAUAGUAUGUUUAGGAGUGCAGUGGAAACGGCCUUGGCGGAUUCACAGUGUUAUGCAGCGGAGAGUUCAGUUCGAUUGUCCUGUUUCUUUAACAAGGCCUUGGUGAAUGUUGGGGCUGAUCUGGCAAAAUUAGUCCCAGGUCGAGUCUCGACUGAAGUGGAUGCACGCCUUGCCUAUGACACGCAUGGCAUUAUUAGAAAGGUGCAUGACCUGCUGAAGCUGUAUGAUGAUAUCAAGGUCCCUCCUGAGCGUUUGUUGUUUAAAAUUCCUUCAACGUGGCAGGGAAUAGAGGCCUCAAGAUUGCUGGAAUCAGAGGGCAUACAAACACAUAUGACUUUUGUUUACAGCUUUUCUCAAGCUGCGGCUGCAGCUCAAGCUGGUGCUUCUGUCAUUCAAAUUUUUGUUGGUCGAAUUAGGGAUUGGGCACGCAAUCACUCUGGUGAUCCUGAGGUAGAAGCUGCUCUCAGAGAAGGAGAAGAUCCUGGUUUGGCUCUGGUAACGAAGGCUUAUAAUUACAUCCACAAACAUGGUCACAAAUCAAAGUUGAUGGCAGCAGCAGUUCGGAACAAGCAGGAUGUAUUCAGUCUUCUGGGGAUUGACUACAUUAUUGCACCAUUGAAAAUAUUGCAAUCUCUCAAAGAGUCUACCACGUCUCCCGAUGACAAGUACUCUUUUGUGAGGAGACUAUCGCCCCAGACUUCCGCCAAUUAUAAUUUCACUGAGGAGGAGCUUGUAAUGUGGGAUCAAUUAAGCUUUACAUCCGGUAUGGGGCCUGCAGCUGUGGAGCUACUGGCAACUGGAGUGGAAGGUUACGUUAAUCAAGCCAAGCGAAUUGAGGAAUUCCUUGGGAAGGUCUGGCCUCCCCCAAAUGUUUAGGUGGUUUCGUCGAUUCUGAAGCAAAUCUCUGCCCAAAUAAAAAAUGAUCACUGGUUCAAAAUGCCGUUCAAACCCCAUCCCUGCUUCUCCUUUCCCACCUUUUUCUUUCAUGUCAUGUGUUUGUCUUCCUCAUUGUGGUCUUCUGCUAUUUAUUUUCACGUUUCUUUCCAGUAAAACUUAGUUGUUUCAACAAUUAUCAGUUUUGGGUGAAUUUUUUGCCCUUCAUUUUGUUUUUAAAUGACCACUAGACAAGAAAUUCCUUGUAAA